AAGGUUGGACCCACGUGGGCCCCACAUGUCAUCCUCACUGCUCUCUUCUUCCUGCUAUCCCCUCUCUCUCUUCUUUCCUACGAUGUGGACUUGGGCGGCGGGCGGAGUGGGGCGACGGCAGCCGGAGCGGCGGCGCACGAAGCCGGCGGGACAGCCGCUCGCCAGUGGCGACCUCGAUGAUCUCCAGCCCCUCUACCUGCUUCGGCUGUUACCACUGAGGCAGGAACGGUGACCGAGCUGAGGCUAACCUCGUCGAGUGCUUGCCCGGCCUCGGCGUCGCCGGUAUCCGGUCCGACGACAGGCACGUCACGGACCUUCGAUGGCGUCGUGUGCCGGCUGCGGCUGCGGCUGCGUCAGCCUCGCCCGCGGCUGGAGCACCGGACGAAGACCCCCCCGCAGCCACUAUCAGCAUGGAAGACGAGGCACGUGGGGUGAGCACGUCGACUGCCUCUGGCUCAGACCACACAUCUGGACCUACCGCACCGUCGACGAGGCCUCCGACCACUGGCUGCGGAUGUACGGCCACCUCAUCAGGUACGGCGAGGACGGUAGCAGCCUCGUCAGGGUGAUGAAUCUGCACUCCGUCGCCGUAGCAGCCGCCGCCGAAAUCCGGUGGUUCGUAAGUGUGUAGAGCGAACAUUUGUUUGUCAUGCUGCAGCGUGUGUGAUGUGAGCGAACAUUUUGGCACUGAAUUUUGUUCAAAUUUCAACGGGAUUUACUGAGGGAAAUAAUGGAUUGUAUCGUGAGUAGAAUUGUAGAAAUAGAAUCGAACAGCAACUGCAGCAAGCAGUUUCCAAUCCCUGUGAAGUCGUGGAGAGGGGAGAAGGAGAAAAUGGCGACGUGCUCACCGUUCGCUUCCGGAAGCUGGCGGCCGACCAGAUCAAGGGCGCCCGACGCCGACGACGCCCUCCUCCACGGCGCCGCUUGCGUCCCGACGCUCCGCUCCUGCGCCACCGCCGCCAGUCACUAGUCACUACCGCUUGCGCCCUGGGGCCCCGCGCGCCGCCGACGCCCUCCUUGACGCCACCGCCGCUUGCACCCUGUGGCCCUGCGCGCCGCCACCGCCCUGCUCCCGCGCCGCCGACGCCCAAUAGCCGCAUCGGUGGCCCGGUGCCCUCCUCAAACCCGUCGCCAUCGGCGUCGUCGUCUUCGACAGCGGCGGCGGGGAAGCAGGUGGAGAGAAGCGGGAGCUCGCCCGCCACCACCCAUAGCGAGGACGCCGUCGAGGUCAGUGAGCGGC